AUGAGAUUCUUACUAUGCUGAAUUUUUGCUCUAGCAGUGACUUGCUAUAUUGUAAUUCCACUUGAAAAAUCGCAGCCAAUGAAAAUGAUUGACAUAAAUUCUAUCAAACUUGCAGAGCUUUCACUUAACCUUAUUGAUCUCAACACAUCAAGCUAUUUUGAAAACGUCAUGAAUAUGCAAUACAGUGGGAAAAUAAGACUUGGAACACCUCCAGUAGAAUUUAAAGUGAUUUUUGAUACAGGUUCUUCUUGGCUUUGGGUUCCUUCAACAAAUUGCAGAACUGCAUGUCACCCAUGUUCUAAUUAUUUAAACACGUCUAAUAGCUCAUCUUAUAAAUCUCUUGGCGAAAAAAUCACGUUAUCAUAUGGAAUGGGAUUUGCACAAGGCGAUUUAAGCCAAGAGCGGGUUAUUAUUGGCGAUAGGAACCCUCUAAAUGUUUCUAAUCAAGCAUUUAUCUCUGUCAAUCAAAAUAAAGACUUCGAAGGAAUGCAAGCUGACGGAAUUUUAGGCUUAGCCUUUAGAAAGCUUUCUAAAGGAUAUAACACUUUAUUGGACAAUAUAAAAUUACAAGGACUGAUUACAAACAAAAUUUUCUCUGUUUAUUUUGGUGAUAAUUUUUUUGGGGACAGUAAAAUUACGAGUCCUAACUCUGCAAUUAUUUUCGGAGGAUAUGAUUUGGCUUCAUAUGCUCAGAACUCAGACAUCAUAUGAAUGAGUGUGUUUCCAGAAACUGGCUACUGGACUGUUUUGUUGACAAACAUAAAGGUGGAUUAUACACUGAUUGAUUACGUAUCAUUUUUGGCAAUUGUGGACACUGGAACAAGUCUUAUUAUGGCUCCGAAAAAUGAAGCUAAUGAUAUUAUGAUGCGAAUUCACCAAAAAGGUCAGUGCUACCUUGCCUUUGGAUUUCUCGUGUGUGAUUGUGGGAUUUCACACAAAAUCACUGAUUACCCUGAUAUUUCGUUUGAGCUUGGGUCAGGACAUGCUUUUGUCCUCAAGCCUGAAGAAUACUUUAUGAAGGAAGGACUUUAUUGCCAACUUCUGCUGACUUCAUUACAAAAAGGGAACUUCUGAAUAUUAGGAGAUGUAUUUUUGAGGAAAUAUUAUUCAAUUUAUGACGCUGAAAAUAGUAAAGUUGGGUUUGCUUUAGCAGCUAAAUCGACUGUGGUAGUUACUGCAGAUUUCGGCUUUGGAAGCUCAAUACUUCCAAUGUUCUUUUUAACUUUACUAUUUAUUGGAUCAUCGAUUCUAUAUUACAAAUGGCAAGAAUUUGAUGUUGAUGAGGGUGCUACUCGCUACCAAAGAAUCCACGUAUAA